AUGGUGAGUUUUAUUGUCUUUGGCGCAUCGGGUCAUUUAGCCCAUAAGAAAACGUUUCCAGCACUCUACAAUCUGUAUUUGAGAAACACUGUGAACCGUCAGUCGUUUUAUGUGGUAGGCUAUGCCAGAAAUUACAUUCAACCACAGGGAGAGGAAACUAAGAUCUAUGAUGAAUUUAUCAAGCGAGUUUCUUACUUCUGUGGUCAAUACGACCAAGCAGACUCAUUUAAAGAGUUUAAUAAGUAUCUUCAGGGAUUAGAGAAAAGCACUGAUCCCUCAAAGAGUCUUCGUAUUUUUUACGUGGCUUUACCCCCUUCAGCCUACGUUUCUGUAGGAAAUCUCAUUCAUGACCAUGCCUAUCUUCCAGAUGGGAAGACCAGAAUUAUCAUUGAGAAACCAUUUGGCGAUAAUUAUGAUUCUUCUAUCAAACUCAAAGAAGAACUACAUAAAAAAUGGAAGGAAGACGAAAUCUACCGUAUUGACCAUUACUUAGCUAAAGACAUGGUAAUCAAUAUUCCUACCCUACGGUUCGCCAACCCACACAGUUUGGAUGCAUUGCUUAAUAAUCACCACAUCAAAUCUGUAGGAAUUUCUAUGUGGGAAAGUGGUGGUUGUGAAGGCCGUGUAGGCUACUACGACAUCAACGGUGUUGUUCGAGACGUUCUCCAAAACCACAUGGCUCAAAUUUUCACGGUAGCUGCUAUGGAUGAACCAAAAUCUGAAGGUCCAGAUGAUGUUCGUUACGAAAAGGUCAAAGUAUUAAAGGCCACAAAGCCUGCUUCCUUGAAGGACUCUAUCUUGGGCCAGUAUACUGCUGGUCAGGAUAAGCCAGGUUAUAAGGAUUUAGAGGGGGUACCAAAGGAAAGCAAAGCUACUACUUAUGUUGCAACCACAUUAUACGUAGACAAUGAACGUUGGAAAGGCGUUCCUUUUGUUUUUGAUUCAGGAAAGAGCAUGUCGAAAGGAAAGGUUGAAAUCAGAUAUUAUUUGAAAGGGAAGGACUCUGGUGUCUUUUCUGACGUUAAUCAAGACCACUAUAUUUCAUUUACAGUACAACCAAACCAGGAAGUUACUUUGACUGCCUUUGUCAAUAAGCCCAUGAGUUCGGAGCGUAGUUGCGUUAAUGCCUCUUUGAAUUUAAACUUCAAAGAGCAGUUUGCAGAAGAGAUGAAACACAAAAGGGAUGCAUAUGAAAUCUUAUUCGAGGAUGCUAUUAAGGGCAAUCCUACAAAAUUUGUCCGGUACGACGAAGUCGAGUAUGCCUGGCGCAUUUUUGAUGAAAUUUUAGAUUCUCCUACUCAGCCUUUGACCUAUCCUGCGGGUAGUAAUGGUCCUAAAGAAAGCGAGCAAUAUUUAAAGUCUCAUCUGAAACUUAUACAGUAA